UUGCACAAACACUUUGACGCGGGAGUUUGAUAUUGGAAUUAUUUAUUCAUUGGUGGUUUUGUGAUAAUACUGCUGGUUCGCUUUCGUUCUCUGGUCAUUCUACAGAGACUGCUGGUUCUUAUUACGACAAACAAAAAGGUUCAAAAUAAGUUUAAUGGUAUCACAAAAGGUGUCUAACGUAGUUCAUGAAGGGAAAGGCGAGCGUUGAAGAUGGCGGCAGAACGUGAUCUGUCACAAGGGGAGAUAGAAAAUCGCAUUCUAGAAUCUAUAAAUGUUAUACGAACGGCAAAGAAGAAAAAAGUAACACUACAUAAUAUACUUAAGUUUAUUAGUAAAGGUACGUGCUCUGUUUCUGAAGUAGGAUAAAGGAUGCUUUGGAAAACCUAGAGAAGUGCAAAAUGAUUUAUAAGAAGGGACUUGACGAAGAUGCUUCGUAUUUUUAUACUGAUACUACUACGUAUAUGGAAUUAUCUGUGACAUCGCCAAACACUGGAAACGAAAUUGUUACAGGUACGAAAGAACAGAAUACUACUCUCGAUGAGUUUGGUAAAUUUGACAUGAUGUUGGAUGAGACGCUCACAAAAAUGAAAAAUAAAUCUGUAGUGGAUACGUUUUUCCCAUGUACACCAUCUCCAGGACGUUUUAAAUUUAGUAAGGGCAUUGGCAAAAACGCACUUCUGCCAGAGGACUACCUACAUAGUGAGGUAAUAUUUUUACGUAAAGAGCUUGACAAUAAACAAAAAGUUAUUGACAGUUUGUUGUUACUUCUCGAGAAAAUGUCCACCAUUUUGAAUUAUCAAGGAAAAAAUUCUACAUUGGAAUCGAAUAAAUCUGCUAAUGUUGUUGUAAAUGAUUCGGCAAUUAAUUUAAAGAGAAGUAUUUCCACAGGAACGGAACAAGUCGAUUUAACUAUACAAACAUGUGAACAGCAAUUAGCAAAUUACAGAAAGAAAUGUCAUAGUAAUUAUUAUUCAAACGUAAACGUGAAAAGUAUCACAACAACUGAGAAAAAUAAUGUUGUUUUAGAAGAUAGUUUUGUUGUAAAUAACGAAGACGAAAGUAAAGAAGAUGAGUCGGUAAUUCCAUGGAAAUUUGGUACAACACUCGUUGUCGGUGAUUCAAUGUUCUACGGACUUGAUGAACAAAGAAUGUCAGCACUUCGUAACGUUAAAGUUCGUUCAUUCCCUGGAGCGAGGGUAGAAGACAUGUUUCAUUAUGUAAAGCCUCUAUUACAAAAGAAACCGGACAAAAUAAUUCUACAUGUUGGAACCAACAAUACUAUUAAUGAAACCUCGCGACAGAUUUUGGACAAACUAUUGAGUUUGAAGACUUUUAUUAACACCAAACUUCCUAGAUGUAAAGUGAUUUUUUCGUCCGUGAUUAAAAGAACUGAUAAUGCAAAAGCCGCAGUAACGGUUAACCAUUUGAAUAGGCAUUCAAAAGAACUGUCUCUGAAUAUAAUUGAUAAUGACAAUAUUUCACCUGAAUGUCUUGGGAAGAAAGGGUUACAUUUGAGUGGGUUGGGGGACAGGGAAAUUAGCUGUAAAUUUUAUUAG